UUGACGGAUACGGAAGUAGCAACGCCAUCUAUAAUAAAACAAAUUGUUGCGAAAUAAAAGUUCUUAUUUAUUUACGAAACGACAUGAGUGACGAAUAUUAUCUCGAGCUCAGCGAUAACCCCGUUCAGUUUGAGAACGCGUCGAGUGUUAAUAAUGUGUUUUUCGACGAGGCGAACAAGCAGGUGUUUGCUGUGCGAUCUGGUGGGGCCACAGGUGUUGUGGUUAAAGGACCAGAUGACAAAAGCUCUGUGGCUUUCAGAAUGGAUGACAAAGGUGAAGUGAAGUGUAUCAAAUUCUCCUUGGGGAACAAAAUCUUAGCCGUGCAGCGCACUUUAAAAUCAGUUGAUUUCAUGAACUUUAUUCCUGAUUAUCCACACAUAGAAUUCUCCCAUGAGUGCAAGACGAAGAAUGCCAGUAUUCUUGGGUUUUGUUGGACCAACUGGAAUGAAAUUGUGUUCGUCACCGACCAGGGAAUAGAAUUCUAUCAGGUACUUCCUGAUAAACGGACACUGAAGCUCUUAAAGAGUCAGAACAUCAAUGUGAACUGGUACAUGUAUUGCCCAGAGACAGCUGUGCUUCUCCUUUCCACAACUGUACAAGGCAAUGUUUUACAGCCAUUUGCUUUCAAGAGUGCAACCAUGUCAAAGAUGUCCAAGUUUGAGAUUGAGCUGCCAGCGGUGCCCAAACCAGCCAAACUUAGCCUUUCUGAACGAGACAUCGCCAUGGCAACAAUCUAUGAUCAGCUGUAUGUGAUGUAUCUAAAGCAUCAUUCCAGAACCACUAACAGCCCAGGAGCAGAGGUAGUCCUGUAUCAUUUACCCAGAGAAGGCACCUGUAAGAAGACUCAUGUGCUCAAACUGAACACCACAGGCAAGUUUGCCCUGAACGUUGUUGAUAACCUUGUUGUGGUGCAUCAUCAAAGCCCUCAGACUUCACUCAUCUUUGAUAUUAAACUGAGAGAGUCAGACGGUAAUGUAAACACUCAUCAGCCUGUGCUUCCUGCUCGAUCCAUCAACCCUUUCAAGAUCCCUCUAACAGGACCUGCGGCUGCUCCGAGUCAGGCCCCUGUGCCCUGUGAACUUUACUCAUCUUCUUGGAGUGUCUUUCAACCAGAUAUCAUAAUCAGUGCCAGUGAAGGUUAUCUGUGGUACCUCCAGGUGAAAUUGCAGCCCACACUGAAUCUUCUGCAAGAUAAAGGCAAACUCAUGGACUUCCUGUUGCGCAGACGAGACUGCAAAAUGGUUAUCUUGUCUGUAUGUUCACAAAUGCUUGUAGGGGGAGAAAAAGGAAACCUGUCAGUGGUGGCCACAGUGUUUGAUAAACUUAACCAAGUGUACAAAGAAUACCUGGAUGCAGAGCAAGCAUACACUGCGGCAAUGGAAUCUGGGCCCAGUCGCUCCAGCAAUUCCUAUAAAAGGCCUGUCCGGACACAGGCAGUGAUAGACCAGUCAGACAUGUACACACAUGUGCUCUCUGACUUCACUGAAAAGAAGGGCAUGAACCAUAAAUUUAUCAUCGCAGUCCUCAUGGAAUACAUUCGCUCCCUAAACCAGUUUCAGAUUCCUGUCCAGCACUACUUGUAUGAGCUGGUUAUCAAAACUCUGGUCCAGCACAAUCUCUUCUACAUGCUUCACCAGUUCCUGCAGUAUCACGUCCUGAGUGAUUCCAAACCACUGGCCUGUCUACUGCUGUCUCUAGAGAGUACCUAUCCACCUGCUCAUCAGCUCUCUCUAGAUAUGCUCAAGAGGCUCUCCACCGCUAAUGAUGAGAUCGUGGAGGUUCUUCUGUCCAAGCAGCAGGUUCUUGGAGCUCUGCGUUUCAUUCGGAGUGUCAGUGGCCACGACAACGUCUCUGCUCGAAAAUUUCUGGAUGCUGCACGGCAGACAAGCGACACCAUGUUGUUUUAUACCAUCUUCCGCUUCUUUGAGCAAAGGAACAUGAGAUUACGGGGUAAUCCUGGAUUUAACCAAGGAGAACAUUGUGAGGAGCAUGUGACCUUCUUUAAACAAGUGUUUGGAGAGAACGCUUUGAUGAAACCAGCCACCGUAUGAAAAAACGAAUGAAUGAAAGGUCGUCCUGCCAGAUCAAUUGAUGGUUUGACCCUGGAAGAAACUGAAUAACAAUGACUACCAAAAUUGAAGCUUUCAUUCACAAACACUAGAGUGAAUCCAGUUUUUAUAUCUUUUAGAAGAGAUAGUGAACUUCUUUGAAACUUUACACAGUCUGUCUGCGCGUUUCAACCAUAACGUUUGCAAAACAAUAGGUCUAUAGUGACAGCAGUUAUAAAUUGGUCUUAGAAUGCACAAAUACUAAUAUCGGCCAAUAUGAUUUAAGCCUUUGCUUUGGCCACAUCACAACAUAGUGUUCAACUUCUGUAUGUGAAUGUUGAUUAUGUAUAUAUUUAAAAAAAGAAAUGUCUAAAUUUUACAAUAUAAUAAAUAUUAAGUUAAUAAUGAAUGUUAAUAUUAUUUGCAUUGCAAGUUUAUUAUAUGCAGCUUUUUCAACUUACAACAAAAGAAACGUACAGUGUUACAGACUAGGCUACUGGAUUAAGUCAAGGCAAUUAUUUGAAGCAUGCGGAAACUCAACAAUAAUUUUUGGGUAUAAUGAUAAUCCUUAGAAAUGCAUCAACAGUACCACCCACAGAUCUUUUUAGGAUUGGUAAUUAUAUGUUUAUGUAUGCUAUUUGAAACUUACUUCUGCAUUCAGUCCAAUUUCACUUCCUUGGGCUAUCUUACAUCAUAGAUAUUGUGCCAAGAGGUGUUCUUCUUAAACAGUUUUAUGGAAUUUAACAUCACAAGGCCGCAUUUUCACAUUUCAACAUUUAAUAACACUGCAAUGUUACAAAGCAUCCAUACAGAAUUAAACCAUAAUUACAUUCCUAAAUUCUUACAGGUAGUGUCAGACAAAUGGAUUGACAUUCACAGGUGCCUUAUACAGAGAAGUACAGUAUACUUGUUCUACUUUACAUACUAAAUUGAUGCUAAUGCCUUUUUUUGUCUCACAUUGGAUGCAAAAUCAAAGGUGAUCGGGUUUUACUGUCAUUUUAUUUGCAUUUAAAGGCAGUGUUAUUGAAUAUUGUUAAAGUUGGUUUUGAAUAGUUCUGGGGUGUGACAAAUUUAUUUUUAAAAGUGCAUUAUAAUUAUACAAUAAUUAGAAUUUAUUAUCUAAAGUAUACCAAGUCCUUGCAGGACACUAUCCAAAUGUCAACGAUCCAAAAAUGUAAUUUCAAAGUACUUGUUGAAAAUAUUCAGCAUUUUCCUUGCAUUUCAUAAUUCAGUGCCUUGUAAAAAUGGAUGUGGCCGACAUAUUUUAGGUAACUCAGUAAGAACCUUCAAUAAUCUUCCAGCUGAACCCUGCGGGAGUUAUAAAGAGUCAUAAUGGCCUGUUCUUUUCAAUUCUGACAUUUAAAGUAGUUUAUCUGAGAAGUGUACACUUGCAGGGAACAAAACACAAGCAGUCUAAUUUGUCAACUCAACUCUGAUAAGCAGAACGAUAAAAAAAAAAAAAAGGAUGCCUUUUAGGUUAAAAAUGCAACACCAAAAAGGACUUUUGCCCUCUGUUGUUUUGUUUAAAUUAGUGUAGUGUGUCAAAGCCCCAGUUAGUGAAUUAUUAAAAACAAAUGCAUACGGUUGUCACCAGUCAUUUUAAAAAUGUAUUUUUGUGAUGCAGAUCUUUCCACUAUGUGCAGUCCAACACCGUCCAAAUGUAUGACCAGCAAAUUCUUGAUUUAUAGUCCACACAAUACAUAAA